AUGGCGACUAAAUUCGAACCCGAUCAUUUCGGCCUUCUAUGCCACCUGGUAACUUUCUCAGAUUGGCAUCGUCCAAAGUUUGGACGGUUUGAAUUUGAACCAACUGUGGAUGCUCUUCGAAAAAUACUUCCUUUUGAAACCAAUUUUAUUAUUGAGCGCAGUGGAAGUUUAGCGGAAAGACUGUAUUUACCAAGGCUGGAAGUGGCCGAGGAAAACGAAGGAAAUAGCGUUCGAUAUGGAACAGAUCUUGAUGUGAUGUUCAUGCCACAACUAGCUGUAAUCAAGGAAAUUACUGAGUCUGAUGAGGAAGAAAACAGUGCAGAUGAAUCAGUUAGCGAUGUUGUUGCUUUCAUUGAGAAUGCAAAAGAACCAAGGUAUGUAAAACUCCGUGUUAAUACUGCUUGCCGGUGGAGUUUACCCGAUGAUGUUUUAGAAAGUGAAGGGGACUGUGUUUACGUAUCAAGCUCUAAAUUUUGCGACGUAUUUCGGAAGAACUUGAACCAAGUUCAAGAAGUUGCAAAAGCAGCUGGACCUUCCUUGUUAGUCACAGAGCAUUUGAUUCAGGAAUCCGGCAUCAGCAUGGAUAGUGUGGAUCUUGUCUUUGCUUUCCGUUGUCCCAAUUGGCCUUCUGUUGCUGAUGAAUGGGCGAAAAGAAAACGGAACUGGCCACAACCAGAAGUCGUGCAGAUGAUUCUCCAUCAAGGUUAUGCCGUGGUCGCAAAAGGGUCUGGAGACAGCAGCGCUUCUCAUCUGGAAUGGAGGUUGUCAUUUUCUUUUGCUGAAACAGUUCUGGCACAGAAUCUGAAUUCAGUGCAGAGGAAAUGCUAUCUGGUUGUAAAAGGUCUCGUGAAAGAUCUCCAUUGUGAAGGUAUACCUUCCUACUGGGUUAAAUGUGCCUUCUUCUGGUUCUUAGAGGAGGCAGACCCAGACAUCUGGAACAAUUCAAACCUUGGCCACUGUGUGCUCGGAGUAAUUGAAAGGCUUACAAAAUGUCUACAGAGUUACACGUUGCCCAAUUACUUUGUCAUACAGCGCAAUCAUCUUCAAGAAAUUUCCAAAGAAUCUUGUGCAAUCAUUUCCAAGGAGUUGACACAAAUCAUGCAGAAGCCUGUCUUAGCUCUAGUAAACUCUCCUAAACUUACAAAAUGCAUUGAGUCAAUUUUAAGUCCGGCACCUGAGAAGUAUGGAUACAGCACUCUCGUUGCACUUGUAAAGGAAUUCUACAGCUCCCCAGAUAAGAAUGUUUUGAAUGAUUUUCUUAAAUACCACCUCUACAAUCUUGGCUUAGUGUUGAUGGAAAAUCCCAAAACAGCACAGAAAGGGAUAGAGUACAUUGAGUGUGUUGUUCAAAUUUUGAAAGGGACUGGAAAGCAAACAAAUGCCAAUGAAUUACUGUGUGAUUCAAUAAUACAAUGCCUAAGACGCCAUGAUGAUGGUGAUGCAGAAGCAGCUGCCUGCCGCUUGAUUUCCAUGAGGAGCCUGGGAUUUUCAGAUCAAGAGGUAAUUGCAACACUGACGAAGGCCACCAAUGGUAUUGAUCUUCCUGCCAGUCUAUUCCACAAUGCUGGAUGCUUCUACCAUGUACAAGCAUAUGAAGAUGAUGUUACUGAACCUAAUGGAGAGCUUCUAAACCAUGCUGAGAUAAUGCUGAAAAAAUCAGUGGAGUUGCAGCCAACCAAUGCUUCUCACUACGUAGAGCUUAGCAUGUUUUUAUACAGAAAUGAUCGUUUUGAUGAAGCUAUAGAGGCUGCAAAGCAAGGUAUAACUUGUAGUAAGACCUCUAAAGUGUUGAAAUACCUCAGUUAUGGUCAAAGUGAGGAGAUUACAUUGGAUGGUAACCUUGGUUACCAUAUUCAGCAAAAUGACACUAUUGAAGCUCCAGCCCUGAUAUUUGCAUAUUAUGUCUUGGUAGCUUGUUUGGAGGAGUUGCAUAGAGAGGAUGAAGCACUAAAGUUCAUGGGCUCUUACAAAACAGCUUGUGGUGAUCCUCGUAAAGCUAUUGAUGAAGAUGAUUCACUGGUGCUUUAUAAUUACUCUUGUUUAUUGCUCAAGUUACCCGGAGUUUGACUUUGAUUUAAGAGAGUUAUAAAAAUCAUUGACAGUGACACUGUGAGUAUGAAAUCCAGAGCAAUUUUUAGCUGAAUGGCAAUCACAAGUAGUUUUUUAGGAUUACAUUUUUUAGCUAAAGAACUUGCAUUGCUCUCUAAACCAAUCACAUGCAAAACUGAAUUCCUUCCCAGCUAGUGAGUACUCACCUAUUUCAGCCCCCUGGAAGUUUGCUUGUUUAAGCUUUGGAAUCUCUUUGCCUCAAUGCAAUUUUUUUUUCUGUUCUGACUGGCCAUUGUAAUUUCUUUUGUUUUGGCUUUUACCAUCACUCCCUUUAAUUGGAAAGUAUACCAUUGUGUAUGGCAGGCGAGGCGUAACCCUUUAAUCCCUAAGAAUGACUGGCAACUAACUUCUCAAGACCACCAAAAUCAUAGGAAAUGAUAAACAAAUUCUCCUUGUCAGCACCCUAGAAAACAUAUGGAGAACAGUAAGGAGAAUAUGAAUACUGAUUUUAAGUGUAAAAAGUUAACCCUGCAAUAGAUUAGCAUCCCACCCAAUAGGGGUCAGAGGCAAGUUAGGGGAAAAAUCUUUGUUGAUCUAAGCCAAUAAAAUCUGGAUAAGCUCUGGCAGGAACAGCCCUAUGACUUAUGCACUGAUGUUACUUUUCACAUGAUUUCAAUUUUUCAGCAGGGUUUUUUCCUCAGAGCAGUCAUAACUGUGUAUAAACUCAACAUUUUCAAUUGUUUACAAAUUUGGACUCAUUUCAGCCCCACCUUUUACAAAAAAAAGGUGAUCCCAACCUCUUGAAGCCAUGUGCCUCCUACUUUCUGAACAGUUGCUAUAGACACCCAUACCACUGGCUCGGCAGUAGUGUUUGGUAUCACUUCCCUUGAAUUCAGCUUUGCGACAGUUACAGGCUAUAAUUUGAGAGUCUGGUACCCAGUAACCUGGCCUUGCUUUGUUUUUUAAUUUUUAGAUUUGGAGACAACAAUCUGAUGUACAUUGGGAUUUUCAAGUUACAAUUCCUGAUUUUGAGGAUUUGUUAACAUUACUUUGUUGUCAACUUUUAAGAUUUAUGAGAACGGUCGUAUCAUAUUUACCACCUAAUUUUCGCAGAUUACGUCUGUCUCCUUACCAUUCUUUUCCAACUCAUGGUAUUUUGUGUAAUGUAGUGUAUCGUAGUUUUGUUAAUUUCUUAAUUUUGUUCUUUCCUGCGGGAGUGUGUCAUUUAAUUUUUUUCCCCUUGCACAAGACCAGAGGAAUUAAUCCCUCAUGAUUAUGUUUGGUCCUUAGAAUGUGUGUUUUUUUAUAUUUAGAUUUUUUUAAUUAGGGAUCUUUUUUAUGUUUUCAGAUCAGUUCCCUUAAUUAUGUGCACUCUAUAUGACAGAUAGAGGUUAUUUUCAAGAUUCGAUCUUAAGUCUUUCUCAAGCUUUAAUCAUUAGAAGAUGUAGAAUGGAAUAUUAUGUAAUUCAAAUAUCUUUUUGUAGGGAAUUUCAAACAAGUUUUUUUCAAGCCCAUGAUCAAUCUCCUGACACUUUAUCAAUUUCUUUUUGAUGUUCUCUCAGAAAACAGAAUCACUAGACAUAGAUUAGGAAUAAACGCAGGUGUCUUGAAAACAAGGCGCUUAGACCAAGUGUAUUGUCAUAGCAAUUUAUUUAUGCCAGUUCGUUUAUUUUCUGUUUUAUAGCUACCACCUUCAAACCUACUUUUUUGGCCAGCUUUUUCAUAUUCAUUUAUAUGGUGUUUUUCUCUUUCUUAGAUACAUCAAAACUAUGCAGACAGAGAUGCCAUCUAUUUGUUCUUUAGUAAUUUAAAAAUGGUUUUAAGGGUAGACAGUAUCAAUAUAGCUAUACAAUUUCAAGAAUUAGAUUUUUUGAAUCGUGUAGUUUCACUAUAUAACAUAAGACAAUUUUUAGAUUGUUUUCAUGAUAUGCAAGAAGGAGAGUUAUACCCAUAUGAAUGGUUAGCCAUUAUGUGGUCAAGCAAUGACCAUGAAAUUAAUUUUAUACAAUUUAUUUUU